GGGGGUGGGGUGGGGGGGGUCCCGGGGCCGGAGUAGACCCCGGCGGGGCGGCGGGAUCACGCCAGGCCGCGGCUUCGGGGCCUGCUCCGGAGCGGGGGGGUGCUCGGUCCCGCCGAGCUCCGGGGGUGCUGCCGAGCCGGCCCGGGAGGCGUCUGUCGCGGCUGGAGGUGGGUGAUGCCAAGCACAGCCAUGAAGAAAAAGGUGCUGCUGAUGGGUAAAAGUGGGUCUGGGAAGACCAGCAUGAGGUCCAUUAUCUUUGCAAACUACAUCGCCAGGGACACGCGGCGCCUGGGUGCCACAAUUGAUGUGGAGCACUCCCAUGUUAGAUUUUUAGGAAACCUGGUAUUAAACCUCUGGGACUGCGGAGGACAGGACACCUUUAUGGAGAACUACUUCACCAGUCAGCGGGACAACAUCUUCCGCAACGUCGAAGUCCUCAUCUAUGUCUUCGAUGUAGAGAGCCGGGAACUGGAGAAGGACAUGCACUACUACCAGUCAUGCUUGGAGGCAAUUCUUCAGAACUCUCCUGAUGCAAAGAUCUUCUGUCUAGUGCACAAGAUGGACUUGGUGCAGGAGGAUCAGCGGGAUUUGAUUUUUAAAGAGCGCGAGGAAGACUUGAAGCGCCUUUCCCGGCCGUUGGAAUGUGUUUGUUUUAGAACUUCCAUCUGGGAUGAAACACUUUACAAGGCUUGGUCCAGUAUAGUCUAUCAGCUGAUCCCCAACGUCCAGCAGCUGGAAAUGAACCUGAGGAACUUUGCUCAGAUCAUCGAGGCAGAUGAAGUGCUUCUGUUUGAGAGAGCCACUUUCCUGGUCAUUUCUCACUAUCAGUGCAAAGAACAGCGGGAUGUCCACAGAUUUGAGAAAAUCAGCAACAUUAUUAAACAGUUCAAGCUAAGUUGCAGGCCUCAUUUUCCUGGGCAAGGUAGGGAAGUUCCAGGACUGGACUGAUAAAUUGGUGACAGUCAACAGUGCUGUGCAAAGUCGGGUGGAGAGCUUUGCUUCAGACCCUGGCCCACACUGCUGGUUUGGGAGGCAGAGGCUCGCAGACCCUAUUUAUCAAUAUUUCGCGUGGAAAAGUGGAAAGCUGGCUUUGGAGUAGCUUGGCUUUUGAACAGCCUCCAGCUUCCCCAGUUUGGUGGUAAUAUCUGCAAGCGUUUGGAGCCUGGAUGGGAUGGAGAAGUGGCUGUGUGGUUUACAAAGCUGGCUCCGGAUAUUUCCGCUGUAUACUUCUUUCUGCUGGUUAUCCACAGCGCGCUCGGCUGUCCCCAUCAGUGGGACAAGUGCCACUGGCUGCCUGGGCAGAGCAGCCUCCCCGGGGUUGGAGAUCUUGAGUUACCUUCACCACUCAAUGUGCUUUUAUUUAUAAACACUUUAUAUUCUCAUUUAGCCUAAAGCUAAUGAGUUUUUUCUUGGGAAAAAAAAAAAAAAAAAAGCCAAACCCCAGAGAAAACCAAACUGGUAGUCGCACCUGGUGUUGCUUGCCAAGUGGGGACUCAGACACUUGUUACCAACAACUCAAGUAGUGGGAUGUUGGCGCAAAAGCUGUUUGAGCUGUUACAGUAAUAGUUCAUUUACACUUUUUU